AUGGGAGACACUCGAAAGACGAGGUUUCGAGGCUUCCUCGACGACUUUCGAAGUCGAAGCAAGUCACCAGCCACUUUUGGGCAAAAGGACAAGGCUGAGAGCCAGGCAAACAAGGGCAAGACUAAAGACACAUCGAUCCAGAAGCCGUUGAGUGUGGGAGAGCAGAUGUGGCAGAAAUUGUUUGCCGAGCUCGACCAGGAAGAGCGGGAGUUGCUGAAGAAAUACAAAGUCGCGGAGUCCGGAGAGAUCAAAGCCACCCUAGCAGAAAUCAAGAAUGCCGCGGAGAUUCAGGAGAAGAAAUGUACUGAAAAAAAGCCGUACGAGUUCUUCGGGAAGCAGGUCAAUCUGAGAGACGCAGCAGAGAAGGUCGUUCGAUGGGUGAAAAAAUUUGAAGCCGUGGGCGAUAUUGCCUCGACGGCCGACCCCAUCCACGCCGGCUUGCCUUGGGCGGGAAUCAAAUUCAUCCUCCGAGUGACAACAAGUUCCUUCGAGGAGAGAGCGGCACUGAUACUGGGCAUGGAAACCUCGUGGGAGAUGAUCAACAGGCUCCAGGUGUAUAUGGAUUUCCGCUUGCACAUUCCACAGUCGAUGGAGGAACACUUUGACGGCACACUGCUACCUCUGCAGACCAGUCUUGUGGCGUUUUUGCUGCGUGCGAUCAAAAAACUUGGCCAAGGAGGCAGCGGGAAGAACCUCCUUAAAGCCAUGUGGAGGAGUGAGGAAGUGAGAGACUUUGAUAAGAAGUGCGAGUCACUAGUCAAGAAAGUGGAAGAUGCUGCACAGGUUUGUCAUCGUGAACUAUCCCGGAAGGGGAGAGAAGACGUGGUGAAGCAAUUGGAAAGGAUACAAGGGAGUAUAGAUGACAUUGCUCAGUUCAAACUUGGGCUGGAUAAGAUCCAGACAGUGGUUGAGGGUAUUUGGAAAAGCAUGGAACGUGGAAAAAGGGGAGAAAUCCUAACUUGGAUCUCGGAAGAUUCGGCCGACGCCCGACAUCAGAGGACGAGAAACCGAGUCAGAGACACUUGUGAUUGGAUUUUGGCAGAGGAGCCUUUCAAAGACUGGAAAUUCGUUGGAGCCGGCAAAACCUUCCUCACAUCCAGAGUCAUCGACGAUAUACACUCUAGUAUCCGAGAUGACCAAGCUUUGGCCUACUUCUACUGCGACAAGUUCGACACGACCCUGACCGGCGACAGAAUUCUCCGAUGCUUCGUGAAACAAUUAGCAACGCCGAAGGAAAUCAAGAUGUCAUCCACGCCGAGAUUGCCAGGAUAUACGAAGACAGGCAGAGCAGAGGUCUUUCUGGUCCUCGACGGCUUCGAUGAAUGCGACUCAUCGACGAGGGACGAGAUUUCUGAUGCUUUCGAAGCUCUCCGGGUGGAUGGGAGGAUAUGGAUCUUUGUCUCUGGCCGUCCUGAUAUGGGAACGUACCUUCCCUCUCCCAGAGCCGAAAUUGCCAUAGAACAGAGAAAGACCAUGGUCGACAUCGAAAAGUUCAUCACGUCGCAAAUCGAAAUUUCACAAACUCGUUCACCGCCCAAAAGGGCAGGCCAGUUACUCAAAGAAGGCAGCGAACUGAGGAAGCUCGUUGAGAAAAGUAUUCUGGACAAGAGCGAUGGCAUGUUCCAAUGGGCUGCAUUGCAGAUGAAUCAGAUUUUGAAUCUCAAAGCCAUCCGUGACAUUGAAGCUCAACUUAAAAAGUUUCCCAGAGGCCUUACUAGUGCGUAUGAUGCUAUUUUCGAGAAGAUCGAAAACCUGGAUGGAGACCAGCCGAGAAUCGCUGAACGAACGUUCCAAUGGGUAAAAGUUGGAGAGGGAUAUUUCUUUGACUCCGAGGUCUCACUCGUGCUUGCAGGCGUCUCUCAAGAUUAUAAUGACGACAGACUACAACCAGUCUCGAUCGACACCGACUACGUACUUGAUGCAUGCCAGAAUUUGAUCGUAUGCGAGGAUGGCUACUUCAGAAAAUUCCUUGGUCUGGAUCUCUCUACGCCAUCGCCUUCGCCAUUCACAAGCUAUUUUGACCAUGCGCCAGAAUCUUUUGAAGAAACCUUGAAGAACCAUCCUCUAUGGGCAGCGUGCUAUUUCAAACUCGAGUCCUCCUUUGAAGACAUUCUCGAAGCUAUUCCAAGAGACUUUGAUCUGGAAAAUAGAAACGAAUACGGAGAGACUCUCCUGGACCUGGCAGCUGAAAACACAAGCAAAUCCAUAGUGGAAGGUCUGUUGAAACUUGGCGCAAAGCCGACAGGAACGGCGAUUAGACGACUCGCGCUCUGGGAUCGACCAGAUUUGUUGCAGCUGUUUGACGACCGCAUUGACGAUGUGGACAUAAUCUACACAGCCUUGGCAGAUGAAUAUAUGGGUUGCACGGAGAAAUGUCUCUUACAAUUGCUCAACCUUGGAAAGAAAAGCCUCCGCCAGGAUUGGUAUGAUUAUCACAGGAUACGAUUUAAGAUAGUCAACGAGGAUAUGGUCGGGUUGCGCGCUUUACUUGAGGAGGGAAUUAAGGCGGAAGCUGGAGAGAAAAGUGGCGUCAACUACCGCGAUGAACAUCCCUACAGGGCCUUCCAUUUAAAUCUUUUCGAAUCUGUGCAGAGAGGCAAUGUGUUGGCUAUCCAAUUGCUACUCAAUCACGGCGCCGAUGUGAACAAGCAAGAAAUAAACGAGUAUCCCCGCUUAUCCAAUGCGCUGGGAUACGCAGUCUUUUACGGCGCAUCUGAAGAGCUUGUGUCUCUCCUUUUGAGAAGAGGGGCCAAUCCCAACGCCGAAUUUGAUAGUGGCAUUCACGACGGGGGCGAGUCUAUUCUGUCUCUGGCGGUCCGCGGGGGAAACCCAAGCCUCGUCAAACUACUGGUUGAAAGUGGAGCAAAUAUCAAUGGAGAAGGCGAGACUCUGGGUUUACCUUUGCGAGAAGCUCUGUUUUCCGAAAAAGAAGAUAUCAUGACUUAUCUAUUUGAGAAGGGUGCAGAUGCAAGCAAGGUUUCUCGCGAAUGGGUCAUGGAGUACAUUGAACAGUGCUGCAAUGGACAAAUCAGCGCGCGGUUUGCAAAAGAUAAGUUACUUCUACUCCGUGAGAAAGGGGGUCCAGUUGAAGAAGCUGAUCUUGAAUGGUUCGAAUAG